AUGAUAAAUGUUAUUUUUAAAAAUAGUUGUUUAUCAUUGAACAACUAUCUUUGUUUAAAUAGAUCAUCAACUAAUGCUCUUUUAUCAUUAGCAUCAUAUCGUCAAUACAAUCAAAUCAGUAGUAGUAGUAGUAAUCUACAUUAUAGAUAUAAUUGUACUUUAUCAUCACCAACAAUACAACCAACAUCAACAACAACAUUAAUAAAUAAUAACAAUAGCAGCAGCAAUAAUAAUAAUAAUUCAAGUGAUAAUAAUAAUAGUCAAGUUUUAAAUUUAAAAAACAAAAAUGGAAAAUCAUCAUCAACAACAACAUCGACAGUAACAUCAUCAUCAUCGUCAUCACCUCAACAAAAACCUAAAAAGUAUAAUAAUAAUAAUAAUAGUAAUGCAAGUCAUCAAAAUGAAAAGAAAGAAAGGAAACAAUUUGUAAAACUACCAGGAUCUUCAUCGACAAAUGUAUGGGAUAAGAAAGAAUCAAAUCCAUUCGUACGAGAAACUGAGAUUCCAAAAGUACCUUUUGACCAAUCCAUUUUCGAUUUAUAUUCAAAUCUAUAUAAAUCCGAAAGUUUACCGAAAUAUUUUAAAGAUAAUAUAAAUAAUAAGAAUAUAGAUAAGUUGGUUAGUGAAAUUCAAUCGCUAUCGAAUCAACCGAAAUAUUGGCUUGCCGUGUCGAUUAUCAGUACGUUGGUAGAUCUGAGACCAAAGCUAUCGCAACCACUCCCACCGAAGAACUCCGAUGUAAAGAACAGGGGUUCUGUUGAGGAGCGCGAAAAGACACUCGGUGAGGAUGUCUUGCAGUUCCGAAAGCUGGUGUUGGCCGCCACCCGCUACACACUGGCAAUAGACGACAGCGCGCCAAUCAAACACGAUCAGCUCGUAAAGCUCUACUUUAACUUUAAUCAUAUCGCCUAUCUCCAAUCGCAACACGAAAUUCUCAUGGAGCAAGUCCGUUUGAAAUCGAACCAACCAACCUCCGGUGACGAACACCUCCAAUCGAUGAUGAACUCCAUCAAGAUGCUGUCGAUGGACACCUCAUUCCUCUAUGACUACCUCUCUUGCAACGAAUCCAGCAAUUUCAUCCGGCCUUUCUUUGACAAUGCACACCUCCAGUGGACAUCAAGCGUGAUCCAAGUCGGUUUAAAGAAUCGUAGUGAACGCAUUCAAAAAAGAAUACAAAGCAACAACAGCAACAGCAACAGCAACAACAACAACUCUCAAGAAACUACAUCAACUGUUUCUUUCGAUGAAUUGGAAAAGAUCAUUAAUAAUCCAUUGGAUAAGGACCACUUGGAGUUACCGUCGUUCGUUGUAAACUCUGAACUCAAUGGACAGUAUGAUAUUGUCGACUUUAUCGAGGGACAACUUCCAGGCCAGCUGGAGAUCGCUUCAAAGUUGAUAAACUCUGUCAUUAUGUUUUAUCUUCUUGUCGAUCGUUAUGAGAUGGCGCUGCACUGGUACUCUCGUCGUCUUAAAAUCGGGUUGUCCCCAAAUCACUUCACCAUCUUCCCAUUCAUUGUGUAUCAUGAGUUCCGUGGCGACAACCUCCUCGAGCACUGGGAGUCGGUGCUCGACCAGUAUCCAGUGGACAAACGUAGACGUUCCAAUUUUAGACGUGAAUUCAAGUUCAAUUUCAUUAUGACGGCGCGUCGUGUCUUGGUCAACCCAGGUGUGCGUGCCGAAGCAAAGGACACUGAACGCGAAGCUCUCGAAAAGAUUAUUAAGCUCGGACACACUGGAAAGAUGAUCUAUUUGCUCAACCAGUAUUUCGAACGUGGAUUGCUGCCCAGUGGCACAACCUUGAUACGCGCAGCACAAAAUUCAGCUGGUCUGCCCACCUGGCAGCAGUAUGUCCCGACAACACCCGACUUUGUACGUUGUCUCUUGUUCUCACCGCGCGCUUACGAAGCGGAUUUGCGCGAGAAGAAUAUGCUUGGCGGUUGGAACCGUCUCAAGAGUGAACGUCCGAUAAUGGUGUAUACCAACAUCAUGAUUCUCAACUCGAUUCUCUGUGGUCUUCUCAAUCACAACGAGAUUGAAGCGGCCGUGCGUAUCACCAUUGAAAUGACCAAGCGAAAGAUGAAGGUUUUCGAGUGGAUUCACCGAAAGUUCAGUGAAAAGUUCAUCGAAAUCGGUUACUUUGACGAAGAUUACUACAAAUAUAUGCCCUCCAUUCUCCAAGAGUACGGUGCACUCUUCCGUUUCAACCAGAUGGCUUCGUGCGACGUCAAAGUUGCCUACUCUUACCUGUGUGCCGUCAACAUGCAGACCAAGACCAAACCGUUUUUGACGAUCGCUGUCAAUCUCUACGACCGAAUCUACACAAUGAAUGACGACAUCAACUUUGCUCAUCUCAUGAAGUUCUUUGGCGAGGUCAACCUAUUCUAUUUGUACUCGGUGUUGUUUGAGUUGUUUGCCCAGCGUGGGUAUGCCAAACUCGGUUUGCAAUUGCUCAAUUCGAAUCUCGCAUUUUUCCUCAACCAAAAGCAUCUGUUGAACCACCAGAUGGUCUCUGACAUUUUAAGGACACUCUGCUAUACUGCUUCGUCAGAGGCACGCGAAUUACAGGUCAAAAUAUUCAAAGCAUUCAUGAGUGCUAAUCCACCAGCAGCUAACAAACACCUCAGUGAGAUACACAAUAUCAUGUCGCACGUCAACAAAGAAUUAAACGAUCCACAAAUUACAGAAUUACUAAAUUCAAUCGAUCUCAACUAUACAGUGGCACCCAAACUACCAAAAGCACUUGUCGAUGAUAUUCAACAAUCUUUAUUGGCUGCCUUUUCAAGGUUAUAA